UUGUUGUUGUUGUUGUUGUAUCAAAUCAAACGUUCAAUAAUAAUUAUUAUUAUUAUCAUCAUCAUCAUCUCACAAAUACACGACAGCUCUCUCUCUCUCUCUUUCUCUUGUCAUAUGACAAAUAUUAUUCAGUGUGUUUUGGAUUGACAGCUGUCAAUUGUUGUAAAUAACAAGUGGCAAAUUAAAUAGACAAUCAUUUUAUUUAUAAAAAAAAUAAACAAUAAAUAAAAAAUUAUUAUUUUUAAAUAAAUAAUAAUUAAUAAAUAAAUCGACAUUAACAACCCAGAACAGUCUCCUUUUUUGGCUAAGAAAAAACUUGGUUAAUUAUAUUUAUUUAUUUAUUUAUUUAUUUUUAUUUUUAUUAUUUUAUUGAUUGAAAUAUAUACUAUCUACUAUCUUGCUGACGAGGUAACAAAAACAUCCAACCAAGUCUUUGUUCAGAUGUCUCAAUAUUUUUAUGAUAUUACCGGCAUGGCGUCAAGCUCAGUUAGCCAAGAAGAUUUUGACAAUGAUUUUGAAUUAAAUUCAAGAAGAUCAAGAAUAAGAACAGCUCGUGCACGUAUUAUACCACCAAGAACUGGCGACAAUAUAACAGCUAUUAAUUUUCAAAAAAAUAAUAUUGAUGGAGAGGAUCAUCAGGGUGUUUGUGAAUCUGGUGGUAAUUCAACAAAUGUCUUGCCAGUUGAUCAUGAUAAUAAUCAACAAAAUAAACCAAUAAUGAGAAAACAAGAUAAACGUGUAACAAGUCGUGUAUCAAGUGUCGUGACCUGUUUACACAGGCCAACUCAUAUCAACAAGGGCAAGCAACAACGAGAUCGUAGAAAAUUAAGAGAAAAAAGAAGAAGCACUGGUGUUGUACAUCUACCAUCAACUGAGAGUACAGGCGGUAGUACUGAUGAGGAUGAAGAAGAAGUUGGUGGAUCGUGCAUUGAGACUAAACACAAUACUCAUCAUAAUGAAUUUCUCGAUCAUGAUUUAAUCGAAGAAAGAAAUAUCAAGGUCUACACACAGAGAAGAAAUAAAAGUCACUCGGAUUUGGAGGCAGAUGAUGAAGAAUUUGAUUCAUUAAAUCAAUCAGACAGUGUCAAUCAGUCUGAUCAUGGUAAUCAUGCAGCACAAGUUGAUACAAUUCCACCAAGACCAAGAACAUCAACACCAACUGGUGAUACCACUCAAGAUUUGAUUGAACAUGCACAUGCUGAAAAUAGAAGACUUCGUGCUCUUCUUGAAAAUCAGGAUCAAAAAAUACUUGCAUUACAAACAGAAUUGUUACAGCAACAACGAGAAAUGACAAUGGAACGUGAAAGAUUACGUGAAGAAAAUGCAGCUCUCAUCAGGGCAAUGGCUUCACUUGCAAGUAAUUAAUGUUAUUUCAUCUAUGUUUAAUUGAAUUUUAAAAAUUAUUAAAUUAACAAAGUCAAAAUAUUUAAAUAUUUAAAUAAAAUUUCAUAAAUAUAUAGGUAUAUUUAGAUUGUAAUUUGAUUAAACAAAAAAAACAAAAAUUUAUUAUAUCAAUGUUUAAACAUUUAUGAUUAUUGACAUUUUAUCUGUCAAUUGAAUUAACGUAGUUAUCUUUUUUUUUUACUUCAAUUUUUUGAGUCUUUUUUUUAUCUAGAAUUUGAAAAUAAUAUUGACAUUUACAUUUAAUUAGAGACUGACAAUGAAUAAAAGAGAAAUGUGUCAUACGAUUGGUGAUGAUUGAUGAAUUUUCCAUUUAAAAAAUUUAAAGUUGUUUGCAUGAUUAAAUCUUGAAAUAAAUUGUAUUUAAAUUAAAUAAUCUGCGAGACUGAAAAAAUAUGUGUAAAAAAAAAAAAAUUAACCGACAAUGCGAUUGACUAAAAAAUAUAAUUAAAUGAAAAUAUGUACACAAUCAAUUGUUAUGUUUAAAUAAACAAUAAAUAAAUUGAUCAUGUCGAUAAGAAAUAUAUUAUCUUAUUUUUUACUUGCUUAUUUUAUUUUGUAAAAAAAAAAAUAAAAAAAA